GUUCUUUUUACAAUAACUUUUCAUUCCAAGAUAGUUUACUUCAACAAGUUUCAGCGCAAUGAGUAAACACUUUACUUCUAGCCAGAGCGGAACCUUUUAUAACAUUUUCAAAAAUACGUCUCCAACAAUAGGCAGUUCUCUCUUAACACCUUUUAAAGAUUCCAGUACAUCUGACACCUGCGCGGAAACUGAGCUUGAUCCUUUCAAUGGAUCUGCGUUGCCGAAAGUUGAUGAAAAACAAGCAACAGAAGAAGACGAAAGCAUUGAAGACCUUAAUCAUCGAUUUAUUGCAAGCCAAUUGUUAGAUGACGACAACAUUGACUUCCCUCCAGAUAAUCAAGGAUUAAACAAAGUCGCCAGUAUUACGGAACCAAAAAACGCGAGUAAAAACUAUUAUAGAACGAAUGGUGGUCUUUUAUGCACUCCUGUUAGUCCCAUUAAUUCUUCCAUUUCCUUUACUUCAAAUUCAACAAACAAAUCGAUAUGGGAAACAACAACGACAAGAAUUACAAAAUCUGUAAAGGAAGACAAUUAUUAUGGUAAUGAUUAUGAAUUUGAUCCUACUUUGCAAUAUUAUCAUGGUGAACUCUAUGACACAGCGACUAUACGAGACUUGGACAGGUUAUCAUUGCAGGCUCAAGUACCGUCAACAGAAGAACUACAGGAUGAUAACGUGGAAGAGGAUAUGUCAUCUUUGCAAAUGCUACAGACGAUAUUUAAAGACCUAAGCGAAGCUGAAUUGAUUGCUGCUUUGGAAACUUACGAUUAUGAUGCAGAUGCCGCAAUUGAUAAACUGAUUCAAAAUAAAAUAUUGAAAAAAACUGGGGAACAACAAGAGUUGAAAGACGAAAAAGAACAACAAUACACGCCAUCGUCGCAAAAAGCAACGGCACCAACUGUGCAAAUGAUCAAUGAGGCACAAGUUGUAGAGAGGGCAUCAAGUAAAAUAAAUAUAGCGCCUCCUUUACCAUCACCGGCAGCAGCGGCCUCACUACAGCAAUCAUACUCUGUACGCAAAAAAAGGCAGGUUUGCAGGCAUUUCUUAGCAGGUGAAUGUUACAGGAAAGAUUGUUGGUUUUCUCAUGACCUUCAAGAUAAAAUUUGUAAAUUUUGGCUUCAAGGAAGCUGUUUAAAGGGGAAUGCCUGUGAAUUCUCGCACAACAUCGAUUUGCAAGAAAUAGCAAACAAAAUAACAACGACUACAACAAGCGCAUUACCCACAGCAGUAACAAAUUUGUAUAAUUCAGAGGAAUAUCCUGCACUUAUGGCAUUGGGAAAUGACAAUAAAAAGAGCAUUGCUAGCACACAAUCCAUUACAAACAGCCAACGCGAUGUAUCAGUCGAGGAAGAAUUUCCUACAUUGGCAUCCGCUGCUAAGAUAGCUUCAAACAAGAAAGUAGUAAAUAAGAGCAGCUCUACGAAAGCAACUAAUUUUGCUGACGUGGCAAAGAAGAAGAAGGACGAGCCGAUCAAAACAAAGCAACUAUUGAUGAAAAAUAAUAAAUAUCGAUAUAGUUCACAAUCUUACAGAUAUACAACUCAUGAAUUGUCUCAGCCAGUCCAUAUUCCUUGGUUAGAAACCGGCAGUUCUUUGAAUUCAGUUUAUCUAAAAGAGAGACAAAAAGCGAUCGAAUAUGGUACGCUUCGAAAUAGAUUUUUUAACAAGGCAACUGAGUUCUACUUGAAAGGGGAUGGAGCCAAAGCCAAGCUUUAUUCUAUGGAGGCCAAACAUUAUAACAGACUAAUGCGAGAAAUGCAUGCAGAAGCAAGUAAACGCAUUUUUGAGUCGAGGUCUAAAAAUCAAGCAUUUAUUGAUCUUCAUGGUCUGCAUGAAGAUGAGGCGAUGGAAAUUGUAGAUGAAAGAUUAAGAUGCCUUAAAGGAAAAUAUUCAGGUAUCAUUUAUAUAGUAACGGGCACAGGGAACCAUUCAGGUUCGUCUGGGUUGAGCAAAAAGCAGAGUAAAUUGAAGCCGAUUGUGUAUCGCUACUUGAAAGAUCAUUAUUAUCAUUUUGCCGAAGCGAGUAUCGUGAAUGAUGAUCAAGGAGGCAUUUAUGCUGUAGAAUUAUUAUAAAUAGUUAGGGACAGGAUCGCUAAAUUCGUCUUGUCUUUAGGCGAUCACAAGAGCUGGAUAUGCAGUAAUUUUCAAUAAUUGGAGAAUUAGAGUAGAAUAUGAUAAUUUGAUAGCAGUAAGGAGACUAAACCGGGAUGAUAGUCUACUAAAGGUAAUUAAUGAACACCUUUAACUAAUUGACCUGAGCCAUUUCG